GAAGCUGAAGUACCACAAAUAUUGUCUGUGCCUCUUGCCUCCCUCCCUCCGUUGCUAUUUAUUAACACUAUUCAGCUUCUGUUUGCAAAUGAGCGGUCGCGAUACAAUUUCAGACAAUGACCACAGCACCCAGGCGACAGCGUCUGUGGCUAUACCGCCGGCGACAGGAGCAGCCGCUGGCAACCGAGCCAGCCUUGUGUUCCAGCGACUGCACGCAUCGUCAGUGCUGCCUGCAACAGCUUCAUUGAUAUCGCCUGUACGGCCGGCGAUCCAGUCUCCUGAUGUUCUGCCGGAGAACGCGUCCUCGCGACGGCAUCCAGAACAGCGCUCUCUGCACCGUAGCAAGACCGCCGGCGGCAGCGUAGCGAGCAGCAUUUGGUCACACGUACGCGCGACGACACCAGGCGAGUCCGCGGCACCCCGGACAAAUUCUAGCCAGUCGCCGCGGUCGAUGCCGAGCGCGUGGCCAUCUGGUUUGAGGCGGGCGUCUACGUACUCUAUGGUGACGUCUUCUAAUGCAGGAGAAUCAGGUGCCUUCGGUGCUGUGACUGCUCCCGAGACACCGACAAUACCGAGCAUGGGCCCACUGGGUGAGGUGUCCGAUGGGACUGGCGAUGAAGGCAGCGUGUAUGAAGGUGCUGGGACGGUAUCUGCAGAGACAUCCCCGCUUCUGCCACCAGCAUCAUCGGCCGAGACUGCACAGCAGGCAGUAUUCAAGCGGUCAAUCAAGCCGCGUAUCGCUAGUGCGCUUGGCGGCACGAUGUCAGGGCUGACACCCGAGCAGGUGAAUGUGGCAAAGGCCGUGCUUGCGUAUUCACUGGCAGCGCUGGUUCCAUUUGUCCCGUUUCUGCGCGACUGGCUUGGCGACCCCGACUACAUGUCGCCGCACUUGGUAACCAAUGCGACAAUCUGGUACCAUGCUGCAAAGACCCGCAGCGGGCUGACUGAAGGCGGCCUGGUGGGCAUCAUAUGGGUGUUUGUGACCAGCUGCGUCAUGUACGUAGCUCUGUUUACUGGCGAAUGGCUACAUGAGCGCUAUGCCGUGGACCCAAGCGCAAUAUCGUUGCUUGGCAAUUCUGACGAUGUUCCCUGAAGCCCUACCGCUGGCGUUUGAAAGCAAGGUGGUGAGCCUUGGUCGUGUUUGUAUUUGGAUACAGCUGGUGUCUGGCAUUCUUCAAGGCCAACGCCAACCGGCCAUCAGUAGGGACAGCGACGGCGAUCUGCAACAUCGUUCUGUAU